AAACGAUUUUAUAAUCCAAACACCUCAAAAACCAGCAUCCAAUCUGAUUCUGGUUUUAUAAUCGUCCUGAAUUAUCAAAUCCAAAACCGCCCAUAGCUUCCUAUAACCGCCUACUCAACCCCUCCCUAUAGCAUCAUGAAUCCCUAUUGACCCAUCAAAAACCCCAAACACUUCACAAAUUCCAACUCAAAAGCUGAAAGGAAAUGGAAAACGGUAUCGGUGCCGCUCCUCAACCACUCGGCGCGCCCCUGCCGACCCCACUACCGCCUUGCAAAUCGGCCGGCACGCUCGGCCGUCACCUGGCCCGUCGCCUCGUCCAGCUCGGCAUCCGCGACGUCUUCUCCGUCCCCGGCGAUUUUAACCUGACACUCCUCGACCACCUCAUCGCCGAGCCGGAGCUCAACCUCGUUGGCUGCUGCAACGAGCUCAACGCCGGGUAUGCCGCCGACGGCUAUGCUCGUGCCAAGGGUGUUGGCGCCUGUGUCGUUACGUUCACUGUCGGUGGCCUCAGCGUUCUCAAUGCCAUUGCUGGCGCCAACAGCGAGAAUCUACCAGUCAUCUGCAUCGUCGGUGGGCCCAAUUCAAAUGAUUACGGCACCAAUCGGAUCCUCCAUCAUACCAUCGGAUUGCCGGAUUUCUCACAAGAGCUCAGAUGCUUCCAGACCGUCACUUGUUAUCAGGCAAUGGUGAAUAAUUUGGAAGAUGCGCAUGAGCUGAUUGACACUGCUAUCUCGACGGCACUGAAGGAAAGCAAGCCGGUAUAUAUAAGCAUCAGUUGUAACUUGCCAGCAAUCCCUCAUCCAACUUUCAGUCUGGAUCCCAUUCCUUUCUUUCUCCCACCAAGGUUGAGCAAUCAAAUGGGACUAGAAGCUGCAGUGGAGGCAACAGCUGCGUUCCUGAACAAGGCUGUGAAGCCAGUGAUUGUCGGUGGCCCUAGGAUAAGGGUGGCCAAGGCACAAAAGGCUGUUGUAGAGCUAGCUGAUGCAUGUGGGUAUCCAAUAGCUGUUAUGCCAUCAGCCAAGGGGUUGGUGCCGGAGCACCAUCCACACUUCGUUGGAACAUACUGGGGUGCUGUCAGCACUAGCUUCUGCGGAGAGAUUGUGGAGUCAGCCGAUGCAUAUCUCUUCAUUGGUCCCAUCUUCAAUGACUACAGCUCUGUGGGUUACUCUUUGCUGAUCAAAAAGGAGAAGGCAUUGAUCGUGCAGCCCAACCGUGUGACUAUUGGAAAUGGGCCUUCUUUGGGUUGGGUUUUCAUGACUGACUUCCUGACUGCAUUGGCAAAGAGGCUAAAGAAGAAUAGCACUGCCAUGGAGAACUAUCGCCGGAUUUAUGUACCUCCUGGUACUCCCCUCAAGCGUGAGCCGAAUGAACCUUUGAGAGUCAACAUCCUCUUCAAGCACAUUCAGGAUCUGUUGAGUGGAGAAACAGCGGUUAUUGCAGAGACAGGAGAUUCAUGGUUCAAUUGCCAAAAGCUUCGUUUGCCAGAGAAUUGCGGAUAUGAAUUCCAGAUGCAGUAUGGAUCUAUUGGGUGGUCAGUAGGUGCAACUCUUGGAUAUGCUCAGGCUGCCAAAGAUAAACGUGUGAUUGCUUGCAUAGGUGAUGGGAGCUUCCAGGUAACAGCACAGGACAUCUCAACAAUGAUCCGAUGUAACCAAACGAGCAUCAUAUUCCUCAUCAACAACGGUGGAUACACCAUUGAAGUGGAGAUCCAUGAUGGUCCAUACAAUGUGAUCAAGAACUGGAACUACACUGCCUUUGUCGAUGCCAUUCAUAACAGCGAAGGCAAAUGUUGGACAGCCAAGGUUCGUACCGAAGAGGAAUUGGUGGAAGCGCUCACUGCAACCACAGGUGCACAGAAAGAAUGCUUGUGUUUCAUUGAGGUUAUAGUGCACAGGGACGACACAAGCAAAGAACUGUUGGAGUGGGGAUCGAGAGUUUCUGCUGCCAACAGCCGUCCUCCCAAUCCUCAGUAGCAUUUCAAGUUUGGAGACUUGGAGUGGGUGAAGAGUCACUGGCCAGAGAGGGUAGAUGGGAUUCUAGAGCUGCUUUUGUAUUGUUGUUGUUGUUGUGGUUGACCUUGUUGUUGUUGUAUAGGAGCUAGAAAUAAAAGUGGUGACUGAGAGAUGGUGAAUCUAAAUGGAGUUUCUUGUAUUUAUCAGGCUCAUCUAGCAAGGAGAUUAACAUGAUUCUCUGGGAAGAAAAUUUGACUAGGCUGUUUGUUUGCUAGAGUGAUGUAUGUGCCCUAUGAA